AUGAGGAAACUCCUGCUUUCCACCCUCAGUCCGUUCCUCACCCUCUCCUCACCUCAGCCCAAACCCACGGACAUUAAAUGGAAACCUGACCCUGGCUCUGGAAUCCUGUGCACUUCUCUGGCCUCUCCCACGGGGGGGAAUCCUGCAGAUCUGGGACGUACAACAACAGGCCGCUCAUAUAUCUACCUGUCUCCGGACUUCCCCCUCCCCAAGCCGGCCGCAGGGUCAGGCCAGCAGCUGAAGACUCCAGCCCAGGCCCCUCCCUAA